GGCAGGUGCAACCCAUUCAGUACUUCUCAGAAGUGAUGGGAAAGCUGUGACCUUCGGAAAAUUUGGACGGGACAUUCCACCCUUGAAGGACGGACUGACAUAUAUCUAGGUGUCUGCAGGCGGAUCUUGCACCGCACUUCUUCGAAAUGAUGGCGUUGCUGUGGCUCUGCGAUUCGAGGAUGUUCAGGGCGACAUUCCCUCUUUGGAUGCCGGAGUGAAAUAUACUCAGGUUUCUGCAAACGCCGGUCAUACAGUACUUCUCAGAAGUGAUGGCAUUGCUGUAGCUUGCGGAGGGAAUGAUUCUGGUCAGUGCAACAUUCCACUUUUGGAUGACAAUAUUACAUAUACCCAAGUGUCGGCAGGUAUGCGUCACACAGUGCUUCUCAGAAGUGAUGGCAGUGCUGUGGCUUGCGGACUGAAUGAGUCUGGCCAGUGCAAUAUUCCACCUCUCGAAGACGGAUUGGAAUAUAUCCAAGUUUCUGCGGGCGGUUCUCACUCAGUACUUGUCAGAAGCGAUGGCGAUGCUGUGGCUUGCGGAAACAAUUGGCAUGGGUAAUGCAGCAUACCUCCUUUGAAUGACGGACAUAAAUAUACCCAAGUUUCUGCCGGUGGAUUUCACACAGUCAUGCUCAGAAGCGAUGGCAUUGCUGUGACCUGUGAGGGGCAUGAAUUCGAAAUUCUGACUCCCAAAGCAGGGACUUGCUACGUUUCAGAUGUGCGUCCUGACAAGUGUAGAGACCGCGUGUUGCAACUAGAUUGUGUUCGUCAAGAUGACGCCAUGGUGCUGACUUGCUCUGGUUUCAAUGGGGAAGAAGUGAUAUGUUUGAAUCUAUCUCCAUCCGACCUUGCCUGGAAUAUUCACAAGCGCAUUGCGCGUGAAUUGACAGUUCCCCUCCAGAGUCUUCGGUUGGUCUUGCCUGACGGACAGCUGUUGUCCUCGGUCUGCCGUGCAAAGCCACGGGCCAGCCUUGCGGAUGUCUUUGAAACUUGCAAGCGUCGGCGUCUCACCUAGGUUCGAAGCAUACAGAAUUUGAUUGGAA